AUGUCUGAUAACGAAUUUUUAGGUGGUGGUUUGUUUGAUGAACCAGAGGAUUUCCUUCCUCCUCCUCCUCCUGCCCAUUUUGCAAAUUAUGAGAGAUCAUAUGUAUCUGACUCCUCUGCCUCUCAGAAGAAGGAUAUCAAGUUGAGAUUGGUUGGUACAUCCCCAUUAUGGGGACAUUUAUUAUGGAAUGCUGGUAUUUAUACUGCUAAACAUUUAGAUAAAUACCCUGAAUUGGUUAAAGAUAAGAACGUCUUAGAAUUAGGUGCUGCUAGCGCGUUACCUUCACUAGUCUCAUCAUUGAUUGGUGCUAAAAAAGUUGUUUCGACAGAUUACCCAGAUGCUGAUUUGUUAGCAAAUAUUCAAUAUAACAUUGACCAUGAAAUAUUUAAUGGUAAAGAACUAUCAACAGACAGUAAAGAAAAAGAACUCGAAUUGAAGAACAGAAAUUUGAUUGUGGAAGGUUAUAUUUGGGGCAAUGAUUACACAUCCUUGACUAAUCAUCUUGACGGAGAUGAUAAGUUUGAUUUAAUGAUUUUAAGUGAUUUAGUUUUCAACCAUACCGAGCAUCAUAAAUUAUUAAAAACUACAAAAGACCUAUUGGCUAAAGAAGGUAAAGCCUUAGUAGUUUUUUCCCCACACAGACCAUGGCUACUAGAUGCGGAUCUUGGAUUUUUCGAAACUGCAAAGGAAUAUGAUCUUGUUCCACAAAAAAUUGAGGUGGUCAAUUGGAAACCUAUGUUCGAGGAAGAUGACGAGACAAUUGAAAUCAGAUCUCGUGUCUAUGCAUUUUAUUUAACUCAUAAAUAA